UGUAGUCCAAGAGCUCUGUAGGCUUGCUGGAGUUUCCGCUCUGGUGGGCGAGGUAGCGACCCUCCUUCCCUGGUGGGGGUGUUAAUUUUACCUCUCGCGACCCUUCCUAAUUUCCUGGACCGGCGCUUGGAGCCCGCGACGACCUUGCCUGAGGUUUAAAAGAAAAGCUCUGACUGUUCCAAUAGAACUAUGUGGAAGGAGUGACUCCUGGGCUAUUGGCAGCAGAGCCCUAUGUACUCUGCCAGGCACAGUUCUUCCUUCCCAAGACUCUGCGUAUCUCAGGAUUCUGUUUAUGCCCAGGAGUAGAGAGGAAAAAUGACCAUGUUCAAGGAGGCAUUGACCUUCAAGGACGUGGCUGUGGUCUUCACCAAGGAGGAACUGGACCUGCUGGACUCAGUCCAGAGGAAGCUGUACCGAGAUGUGAUGGUGGAGAACUUCAGGAACCUAGUCUCAGUGGGAAAGAAAAUCCAAAGCGAGAUGGAGACUGUUCUACAACCAGAAAUAGUUGAUGAGCUUUCCUGUUGGCAAAUCUGGCAAGAAAUUUCAGGUUACUUAACCCAGUGUCAAGAUUCCAUGAUAAGUAGUUCUCGGUUCCCCAAACAGGAUGAUUCACCCUAUCAGGUUGGAACAGGACUAUCUAUAAUUCAUAUAGGACAGAAACCUUACCAGUGUGCUGAGUGUAAAAAAUCCUUUGAUGAUCUCUCCAGCUUUGAACUUCAUCAGCGAUUACGCUCAGGAGAGGAGUUUCGUACGUGUAGUGAGUGUGGCAAAAGCUUCCGUUAUACCUCAGCUCUUUUUAUUUGUCACAGAGUUCACCUGGGAGAGAAAUGCUAUCAGUUUGAUGUGUGUGGUAAGGACAACGAUCAGAGCUCACAUCUGCAAACUCAUCAGGAAGUCUACACUGUAGAGAAACCACACAAUUGUGAGGAAUGUGGAAAAGGCAUCAGUCAUAGAUCAGCACUUAAUUUUCAUUGCAAAGUCCACAGAGGAGAGAAACCAUAUAAUUAUGAGGAAUCUGGGAGAGUCUUUGUUCACACUUCACAUUUUUGGGAGCAUCAGAAAAUCCUCACUUGGGAGAAACGUUUCAAAUGUAAUACAUGUGGUAAGAAUUUCCAUUGUAGGUCAGCACUUAAUAGUCAUUGCAUGGUCCACAUGAGAGAGAAGCCAUACAAAUGUGAAGAGUGUGGGAAGGGCUUCAUUUGGAGCUCAAGUAUUUGUGUCCAUCAGAAGGUCCACUCAAUAGAGAAACCCUAUAAUUUCACAGAAUGUGGGAAGAGCUUCAGUCUUUCCCCAUGUCUUCUGAAUCAUCAGAGUCUCCUCAGUGGAGAAAAAUCAUUCAUAUAUGAAGUCUGCAGAAAGUGCUUUGGUCAGAAUUCACAUCUUCAGUCACAUCAGGAAGUCCACCCAGGAGAGAAGCCAUACAAAUGUAUUAAGUGUGGGGAGAGCUUCAGUAUGGAAGUCCAUUAUCAAGCUCAUCUGGCAGUUCAUACUGGAGAGAAACCCUAUCAAUGUGAGGAGUGUGGGAAGGAACUAAAAAUCCACCAGAAGACCCACAAUGUAGAAAAACCUUAUAAGUGUGAGGGGUGCAGGCAGGGCUUCAAUCAGAAUUCACUUCAAGUUCCCCAGGUGAUUGAUACUGGUGAGAAGCCAUAUAAAUGUGAGAAGUGUGGAAAAGGCUUCAGUCAUAGAUCACGACUUAACAUUCAUUGCAAAGUCCAUACCAGAGAGAGACGUUAUAAUUGUGAAGAAUGUGGGCGAGCAUUUCUUUAUGCGUCACAAUUUCAGAAACAUCAUAGAAUCCAUACUGGUGAGAAACCAUUCCAGUGCGAUGCAUGUGGUAAGAGCUUCCGUUGUAGAUCACAGCUUAAUGAUCAUUGCAAAGUCCACACAGGAGAACAACCUUACAAAUGUGAGGAGUGUGGAAAGGGCUUCAACUUCCGCUCAAAAUUUCAUAUCCAUCAGAGAAUCCAUACAGGAGAGAAACCCUUUAAGUGUGAGGUAUGUGGGAAAGACUUCCGUCAGAGUUCAUAUCUUAAAAUCCAUCAGAAGGCCCACAAUGUAGAAAAACCAUAUAAGUGUGAGGAGUGUGGGCAAGGCUUCAAUCAGAGUUCACGAUUUCAAGUUCACCAACUGAUCCAUAGUGGUGAGAAACGGUACAAAUGUGAAGAAUGUGGAAAGGGCUUCAAUCGUAGAGCAAAUCUUAAAAUUCAUUGUAGAAUGCACACAGGAGAGAAACCCUAUAACUGUGCAGAGUGUGGGAAGGUCUUCAGUCAUGCCUCCUAUCUUUUGGUCCAUCAGAGAAUCCACAGUGGAGAAAAACCAUUUCAAUGUGAAGAAUGUGGGAAGAGCUUUGGUCAAAAUUCACAACUUAGAGCCCAUCAGAGAGUCCACGUUGGAGAAAAGCCGUACCGAUGUGAGGAAUGUGGGAAGGGCUUCAAGUGGAGCUCAACUCUUGACAGGCAUCAGAAGGCCCACAGGGGAGUAAAACCAUAUAAAUGUGGGGAGUGUGGGAAGUGCUUCAGUCAUCCCUCAAAUCUUCUAGUUCAUCACAGUAUCCACACUGGAGAGAAACCUUUGAAAUGUGAUGUGUGUGGUAAAGGCUUCCAUCAGUCUUCAGAACUUCGGUAUCAUCAGAGAAUUCACACAGGAGAGAAACCUUACAAAUGUGAAACAUGUGGACAUCUCUGAAGGACAGUGAUGAAGGGAAGUCCUCCCAGUGGGCAAAAUUUUGAGCAGUGCACCUGGUCAUCUUGCAGAAGAAAUGGGCCAGAGGUAAGAGUCUUGUUUCAUGGACUGUGGCUGGUGGUUAGGCUGAAUGGUUAGGUUCUCAGAGGGACACGAUUGGAAAAUUGUUUGCAGGGAGGUCUUAGGAAGAAUUAAGUGAAUAGACUUCUGUGAAUGGGCAAAUAAUGUGAAUAUACUUGUGUCCCAUGUAAAUGGUCACCAAAGGGUGAGAUCAUCAGAGGAAGAUUUUAAUAGUCAAAUGGAUAGUAUGACACAGUCUGUGGAUACCAGUCAGACUCUUUCCCCAGCCACUCCUGCCAUUACUCAAUGAGCUCAUGAACAAAAUGGAGAUAUGAAUGGGUUCAGCAACUUGAACUUUCAUUUACCAAGGCCACCCUAGCUCCAGCCACAGCUCAAAAUCCAAUCUGGAGAGACUCCACACAGCAGAGAGAAGCAAACACAUUUCCACGCUCAGGGCUUCCAUACCUACCUGAAUCUCUGCAGCACUGUAAGUGCCAGCUCUUCCCGCCCUGGAUUAGACCCUAUGGCUGCAGAGAAAAGAGUCUCAGGAGAAAACUCAGGGAUAAAAAUGGAGGAAGUGAUGUUUCAGCCUGAAAUUACUAGAAAUCUCCAGAAAGUAAAGGAGGAAGAAGACACUGAAGAACCAGAGAAGCCCUCAGAGCAGCUGAGUACUCUUUGGAGUGAUGAGAAAAUCAGGAGUUUCCUUCAGGAAUGUGAAUACCUUGAACUUGUGAUGUAUCCCAUUCAGAAGAAAAAGAAUUACUUGCUGUUGAAAUCAGUUGCCCAGGGGCUCAGGAAGAGAGGUAUAAAGAAGAGCUGGCAACAGUGUCUCCACAUGUUGAUAAGUUUGAUGGACUUAUAUUGGACUAUACAUGAGGCCAAGCAGAAGCCAAGGACUGAACCCCUGCCUUGUCCUUACGGAGAGACCCUACACAGGAUAAUGGAAUGUAAUUGGAAGGACAGCAUCUCCUCAGGUUGUCCCCAUACAGACCUGGCCAACCUUCCAACUCCUGAGUUCCAGAUCCAGGUCUGCACCAUCCUCUUGCCCCUUGAAGAGCUGAUGUGGACUUCCCCACAUGUGAUCUACAUGGGGAACCCUCAGGUACCAGGAUGGGCACCCUGGACCCCAAGCCUUCCAUGGUCACUUCCAUAACUAUCCUGCCAUUCUCACAGAAGACCCCACACCCCAGCUGCAGUGGUCGACCGCCUCUAACUGAUGCAGGUCUUGGUCUUUAAGACAACUUGAACCUGGAUGCCGGUUCUGUUUGAGAUAUAACAGGAUAUCGCAGAUCCAUGCAUUCAUUCCGGGUUCCUUCCCUUCACCAAAUCCAAUGUAAUGAAAAUAAAAUUUGAAGUUGAAUGAGAAAAAAAAAAAAUCCAGUC